GUCGCUCACAAUUCACUAAGCAAAAGCAAGCAUUUUGUAAUCCUAAUAAGAAAGGAAUAUAGUACUAAGCAUCUCUAGCUGUUCAGCUGCCCAGCCCCGCGGGAAUUUAUUAGGACUUCAUCAAAAUUUCUCAUUUCUCCGCUCUCAACUCUCAAGUGCAGCAGAGCAGAAUGGUUGGUGCAAGAUUACCCCAAUGGUUAAGUCUUCUGGUUUAUGUGCUUAUAUUACUGAAAGCAGAAGGCGGUAGCGUAGGUAUUACUUAUCUGCAGGAUGCCGUAGCAAAAGGAGCUGUUUGUUUGGAUGGGAGCCCGCCUGCUUACCAUUUCGACAAGGGCUUUGGCACUGGGGUUAAUAAUUGGUUGGUUCACAUGGAGGGUGGAGGAUGGUGUGAAAGUGUCGAGACUUGCCUUUCUCGUAUGAAAACUGAUUUAGGCUCAUCAAAGCAAAUGGUCAAGCAAUUUGGUUUCUCUGGACUUUUGAGCGGCCAGCAAAAAUCCAAUCCAGAUUUCUACAAUUGGAAUCGAAUUAAGGUUAGGUACUGUGAUGGAUCAUCAUUCUCAGGCGAUGUGGAGGCAGUCAAUCCAGCUAAUAAUCUCUUCUUCAGAGGAAAUAGAAUUUGGGAAGCUAUCAUUGAUGAUCUAUUAGCAAAAGGAAUGAGAAAUGCUAAAAAUGCUAUUCUUUCUGGCUGUUCUGCUGGUGGAUUGGCUUCAAUAUUGCACUGUGACAGAUUUCGAGCUCUCCUUCCUGCUACAACUAAAGUAAAAUGCAUUUCAGAUGCUGGCUUCUUCCUCCAUGCGAAGGAUGUUUCUGGAGGGCAGCACAUAGAAAACUUCUAUGGCCAAGUGGCUAAGUUACAUGGAUCUGUUAAAAAUUUGCCAGCAUCUUGCACUUCAAGAAUGAGAAUGAGACCAGAGUUGUGUUUCUUCCCACAGUACGUGGUGCAGACUAUGCAGACCCCAAUCUUUUUCAUAAAUGCAGCUUAUGACUCCUGGCAGAUUAAGAACAUUUUGGCGCCCAGUGAUGCCGACUCUGGUAAGGCGUGGAAGAGCUGCAAGCAUGAUUUAAAGAAGUGUACAACUGAGCAGCUCAAAGUCAUCCAAGAUUUCAGGGCCCAAUUCUUAAGUGCCCUGACAGGAGCUGGCAACUCUUCAUCUAGAGGAAUGUUUAUAGACUCCUGCUAUGCCCACUGUCAAGCAGGAAAGCAGAUAACGUGGUCAAGCAAUAAUUCUCCAGCAGUGGGUAACACGAAAAUUGCAAAGGCUGUUGGAGACUGGUAUUAUGAGCGGAGUCCCGUCCAAAAGAUAGACUGCCCUUACCCUUGCAAUCCCACUUGCCCAAAGACUGAUUCUGAAUCACAAGUCCCAGACAUAUAGACUACUUAUCAGUCAUAAAUAAUUCACGCAUAUCCAUUAUUUGUAGUUCAUGUAUCUCUCUCUGGUUUGUUAUUUUUAUCAAGCAAAAUGAAAUAUAUAAUAAACUUGAAAACAAAGAAAGCUACAAGUUGUUUCAACUUGUAUUAUUACUACUAGACAUUAGUAGAGUUGUAUUAUCUAUGUAAUGUAAUUGGCACUGAAUUAGAAGAAUAAAUUGAUUAAGGGUUUAGAUAUUUUACCA